AUGGAGGGGGCUGUGGACUAUCUUGCUUCCUUGGACGACGCGACUACAGCCUCUCUUGCUCGUGGAUCCGCGUCUCAUCAUGGCUCCCUGCCUCCUCCCAACCCUCAAUUCGCAUUUCCCGCAGCACCACCCUCCCCGUCACACGAUACGAUUGCCAAACGGAGGCGACCUCUUUCUGCGGUGGAAAUGCACUCAAGAUCCCUCAGCAUAGCCGUCGACGGUUCUCGACACGCUGCGCUACCAGCAUUCAGUUUCAACCCGGGUGCCUCUCUUCCUCCAGAUUCUCGCGCUUUCCUCAGCCCGCCGCAUUCUCCAAGUUCUGCUAAACCCAUCCCUGGGUCUGCGGCCAACCGUCCUAUGGGCCAUGGCCAUCGAAGGGGCGGCAGCGAAUUUGUUGGCGGUCGUCUUCGUGAAGGAAGCACAAUUGCUGUCAUGAGCACCAGUCCACCAAAGAAUGAAUUCGACAUGAACACAUCCUCUCUGCAGCCACCACCACGCAGAGGACAUCGCCGAGGCAUGUCUGCCACUAUUCCCGCAACUGAUCUCCCGAUACUUUUCGCUCCACCAGCCAUCGGCACUCUACCCCAGGGCAACAGCGCUCCCAACAGCCCUACAAUAUUCGGACGCAAAGAAGAUUUGCCUCUUAUUGGCUCCGAGUUCCCAUUGCCGGAGCCAAUGCAGCCAGGAAAAGAUAAGAGUGCAGGCAACUUCAAAACGCCUCAUCUUGCCCCUGAAGAACCCUGGAAGAUGGGCAAGCCGGCGAUGCGUGCGAGAGUUGGAUUUUCGGAUACACUCGAAUUCAUUCCUCGGCCGCUCUCACUUGUUUCAAAUGACACGUCCAGCACUGUGACUGCACGACCCGGCCAUUCGGUCUCUGGGAGCCUCUCCUCAAUCGUCUCGAUUUCUGAACUCAACGGCCGAGACGGCUCUUCCCCGCUAUCACGGACACCAACAGGUGAACCUCAAGAGUCGAGACCAAGCACCGCGGGUGCUAUUUUGGAACGCACCGCAGAGCUGCAGAUUGUGGAUGAGCCACCUACUUCUCCUCGCCGCCGAAACUCAAUUCCUGCCCUUAUCAACAUCGCCGAUGCUGAUCCUACAGAGUCAAACAUGUCAACUCCCACCAAACCUGCCAAACGGUGGUCGUUCUUUGGCUUGGACGCCUUCGCCUCCGGGUCCCCCAUGAAGAGGCGGUCAAGCACCUCCAGUUCUUCAGAUUCUACUCCUCGCCCUAUUGAUGGAAUUUCCUGCUCUGAUCGUGGGUCGGAAUCUUCAAUAGAAGCUGCAGAAGCACCCCCUUCCAAGCACAAGAAGGGAGGCAAAAAGGGCGAGAAAAAGAAGAAGAAGAAGAGCAAGAAGGAGAAAAAGGAGAAGAAGGAAAAGAAGGAGGAAGAGAAGAGGGAGAAGAAGGAGGAGAAAGACAAGAAGAAGGAGGAGACCAAAGAGGAGAAGAAGGAUGAUAAGAAGGCCAAAGGCUGGGCGGGCACAAUCUUACCUUUGAAGAGCCACAAGAAGCGUGGAAGGGAUGAACCUGAAGGAGUCAUUCAAGAACCUUCAGUCGAACCACCCACAAUAAGCAUCACCGAAUCGCCACCUCUACCAGAGCCGCCGAAACGUCUGUCAGAGGAUGUGUCUUACCCCAUGAUUGAUCUCGACGCUGCUCUUGGCCCCUUCAACACUCCACUGUCUUAUAAUCCUGAGUGGGAGGCUGCACAACGUGCUGCAGGAACUCCGGGUAGCAGAAGGCGCCUUCACAGUGCUCAAGGUUUGAAGGGCUUCAGCGGCCCAGGCAUGCACUAUCACAGACGUGCCGAAUCGGCUCCUGAUCUUCCUCCUUUUGACUUCCGCUCCUCUAUCCACCGAUUCGGCAGCAGCUCCACUAUGGCUGAUGUGUUUGAAGAGGAUGAGGAGGAUGACGACGGAAAGGGCAACAGACCUAGACUGGAAACUAGCGAAGAAACCAGCGAGGAAUCUGAUGGCGAGACCACGCCCCCUGCGGUCAUGCCUGUCCUGAAAGAGCCCUUCGUCGGCCCAAGCGACAAGGUGUUGGGCAAGAUGCGCCGUGGAAGCGCGGGAAUGAUUGAGAGAGAAUCUUUCAGCUUGCACGCGGUGCAGGGUGAGGUCUCCAAUGCCUCACUCCAAGAUGACACCAUCGCAGAGGAGUUUUCGAUUCCCAUUUUCCGGGCCCCGACAUUCCAAGGCCGCAGGGAAUCCGUCGACUCAGGAGCGCCCUCAGCCCCAUCUCCGAGACAGCGCCCUGCCACUGCUGAAUUAUUAGUAGAUGAGCCUCUCGUUCUUCCCAGUGCCAGCACUACACCUCUCAGCCCUUAUUCGGCUAGCUAUGCUUCUUCCUCCCAUCCCUCUCCACGGUCGCCAAUGUCAAUUGACGCCCAGCGCAUUUCCACCGCGCCUUCAUCCGUCACUGACGACAGCUUCCAUUCUCUCCUCAUGGGAGAACCGGGGCCCGAAGUCAGGAUCUCGAUGGAUUACGACAUCCCGUCCCUUGCGUCAAGCAACUCCGCCAUCACCCGUGACAGCUCUUACAUUCCCGUCCCACGACCUCGCCAGCCUCUUUCUCGUGAUCAACGUCCCGUGUCCAUGUCAGCCCCAUUCGGGCGUAGACGAUCGAGCUUGGCAAGCCUCAGCCGGCUCAUUAGCAGCUCUCAUGGCGAGAGAAGCAAGCUCUCCAUGGAAGUCACCCUAGAUAAUGAGCCGGAAUCGAAGAAGUCAAAGAGCAAGACCAAGCGACUAGGACGGAUGAUGCAGUUUUGGAAACCGAGCAAAGAUGAUAAACCCAGCAAAGAUGAUACAACCGCUUAA